AUGGAGCGCGAAGCUCUCGUCCGCAUCCCUUCCUUUCCCCUGGCCGCCUUCCUCUGGCCUGCCAGGAGUUCUGUAUCGCAAUGGGAGUUGUUACCGUUGAUACUCAUGGUAGUUGGCCUGUUCCGCUGGGCUGCAGGUCUUUGGGGCUAUUCUGGCUUUGAAAAACCACCUCUGUUUGGCGACUACGAGGCCCAGCGCCAUUGGAUGGAAGUCACAACACAUCUUCCCAUUUCGCAAUGGUACUUUCACGAUCUUGAGUGGUGGGGUCUCGACUAUCCUCCUCUUACUGCAUAUCACAGCUGGAUUUGUGGCAAGAUUGGGUCCCUAAUCGACCCGGCGUGGUUUGCGCUUCACGACUCGAGAGGCUCCCAUGACCCGACGCUCAAGAUAUUCAUGAGGGCCACCGUGCUGGUAUCCGAAUAUCUAAUCUAUAUCCCCGCCGCUGUCAUCUUUGUGCGGCGCUUCAGUAGGCUCAGCGGUGUUCCUGCCUGGACCUCCUCCGUUGCUCUUGUGGCGAUCCUGAUGCAGCCGGCCACCAUCCUUAUCGAUCACGUCCAUUUCCAGUAUAAUACGGUUAUGUUGGGCUUUGUGCUUGCUAGCAUGUCAAGCAUGCUUGCCGGACGCGACUUCUGGGCCUGUUUUUUCUUUGUUAUGGCGCUGGGUUUCAAGCAGAUGGCUCUCUACUAUGCCUUCUCGGUUUUCGCAUAUCUCUUGGGAGUCUGCGUGUUCCACCAUACCAACACCCCCAAAUUCAAUAUCCCGAAAUUCAUUGGGAUUGCUUUGGCCACCGUGGUGUCUUUCGCCAUCCUGCUCCUCCCGAUCGUUGCUGGCACUUUGUCCGAGGCCAGCCGCGGGAUCACUGCCCAUCCUGGCGGUGCUCAUCCCCCUCUCCCGUUGUUUGCGGAUCUGGCAAAGCACUUGAACACCGAGGCCUUCUACUACCCGGUCAUCGAGCAGCUCGUCCAAAUGAUCCAUCGCGUAUUUCCUUUUGCCCGAGGUCUCUUCGAGGACAAGGUCGCGAACUUCUGGUGCGCCAUGAACGUGGUGAUUAAGCUCAAAAAGUAUCCGGCCGAGAUGCUGCAGAAGGGUGCGUUAGUUGCGACACUGGCAGCAAUCGUUCCACCAAACCUCAUCUUGUUCCUGCGACCCAACAAGCAUCCAGGUCUCUUGCCCCUUGCCUUUGCUACAACCGCCUGGGGUUUCUUCUUAUUUAGUUACCAAGUCCAUGAGAAGAGUGUCCUUCUCCCCCUGAUGCCUAUGACCUUGUUGCUUGCAGGGAGACAAGGAUUGGGCAAGGAUACUCGUGCUUGGGUAGGAUUUGCCAAUAUCUUGGGCUGUUGGACCAUGUACCCGUUGCUACAACGAGUUGACCUCAGAGUCCCGUAUACCGUCUUGACUCUUCUUUGGGCUUACCUUCUCGGUCUACCCCCGACGUCGCUGAAUGCGUACUUCCAGGACGGCUCAAGCAUCUGGAGUCAAUGGGCCACCGCAUUCAUCCAUGGCUUCUUUUACCUGACGAUGGCGUUCUGGCAUGUGCUGGACAUGUUCGUUGUGGCCCCGAAGGACAAGCCAGAUCUUUGGGUGGUUGCCAACGUUGGCGUUGGUGCUGCUGGGUUUUCGCUGUGCUAUCUUUGGUGUCUCGGGAGCCUUGUCAUCGAGAGUGAGAUUCUACCCCCGUCUUGGACCGGCAAAGAAGCAAAAACGAAAAGUGAAUAG